GAGCCCUCGGCCUCAGUCAGUCUUGCGCUGGGGAGCGUUUCGGUUUCACUUCCGGUGAGGGGCCGCGCCUGAGAGGGCGGGCAGUGAAGCCAACGGACGGCGAGCGCGGGCGGUGUCAGUGACGGCGGCGCCGCUGCCGGGGGGCGUGCGGUAACGCGGCGGCGGCGGCGACGGCUGGGCCUCGAGCGCCUGCAGCCCACCUCUCGGAGGCGGGCUCCCGGCGCGAGGAAGGACGAGAAGAUGGAGGAGCUGGUGGUGGAAGUGCGGGGCUCCAAUGGCGCUUUCUACAAGUUCUCAAGGACCCGAAUUUGUGCCACAGAACUUCAGGAAAUUAACGGGGACUGUCUGAUUGCUACUGAAUUUUUACCAGGACGGUUUGGAAUGUUUGUUUUGUGCUCUGAAGUGCAUAAACUUGAGUAUAUUCGCUUUGACUUUUGCGGUGUUGCAGUGGGCUAUGUUCUUGAGGUUUUAAAUAAGCAUUCAUGGAACUACUGAGGGGUUUUUUUUAUACCAUUGAAUAUCAGAUAACGUAUAUUUUUUUAAAGGAACCUUAAAAUACAUGUAAUGUGGUAUGAUUCCUGAUACUGCAUAGAUGUAGAUCUAGCAAUAUUAUAAAGUCUCUUUUUUUAAUGUUUACAAGCUCUGUAAGGCCCCACCUCAGUAGAAUAUUUUAGUAACAGAAGCUGCACGUGGAAGGAAGCAUGGAAAAUAGCUUUUGCCAUUGUCCAACCGUUUUAAGUUUAUUGUAGAAGAACUUGAGCAUUUCAAAUGGGACGUACUAGGCUAAGCUCAGGAAAGUGACUUUUGUAAAUUAUGCUUUUAUCAAGUCUAUGGAGACAUUUAGUAGAAGAUAAAUUAUGCUUUUAUCAAGUCUAUGGAGACAUUUAGUGGAAGAUAAAUUUCAUGAAUGAGGGAAAUUUGUAAAAUACUAAUUUAUACUAAAAAUACCCUUUUGUUGUAGCAUGGGAGACAGAAAGAAUGCAGCAUUUUUGUUGCUAAUUCUAUCAGUGCAGUUUUUUCAAUUUGCUGUAAUAAAAAAAUGUUCCAGUUAGUUUUGGUUAUUUUGCAUUAGAAGGUUUCUAGUUUUGGUUAUUUUGCAUUAGAAGGUUUCUAGUUUCUAGAAUGACAGUUUUAAUUGCUAGAGUUGGGGCACUGAGACACAGAUGAGCAAGGGAUAAUAGUUAAGUAGUAUUUUUGUUCAUCUCUAAUACCAGCUUAGAUUUGAGUCCACUGUUAGUUGCUUUUAAUGAAGUUGGCUUGCCAUUGAGGGCAAGUAGUGCAUCCUACUCUUGAAGGAUUUAUUGGCCCCAGUAAUUUUGCUUGCAAACUGACUGGAAUAUUUUUUAAAAAGUGCACUGUUUCCACUAUUAAUCCCCUUGCUUUUUUCUUGGCUUUGUUUUUCAACAACUUCUUAAUUUGAAGAUGAACGAAAAUGAAUAGACUUUGAAUUAUCCUUUGAUUCCCUGAGGGGACAUGUAGUACUCUUUUAAAGUGUGUGUUGAAGAAUUGCUAUUGUGUUUAAGUUUAUUUUUGUUUUUUGGUUUUUUUUUAAGUUUCAACUGGUCUAUAUUAAAGGAAGGGUACUGGCUAUACUGAAAGAAGUUUAAAUUUUACAUCACUUAGAAUAUUGACUGUGAACAGGAGAAAAUAAAGUGGAAGCAUGCUGAGUCCUUUUCUGGUGAGAUUGAUGACAAAGAUGAGAAGUAAAGACCAUUAUGGAAACACUGGGAACCCUGUUCAUUAAAUUGGUAGAAGUAAAAAUUUAAAGCGAAGCAUUUGUAAAAGAUGUCCAUGAAGAUUCUAUAACAGUUGCUUUUGAAAACAAGAGACCCCCCACCAACCCUGUCCAUGCUGAUACAUCAUACCAGUAGAUCAGCAUCCAGCUACCUAUGGCAAGAAUUGACUACCUCGUGGGAUCUAAAAUUUAAAGGGGGAAAACUGGCAGCCAGAGAGACAGAUUCCUUUCCAUGAUGUGAGAUUCCCACCACCUGUAGGUUAUAAUAAAGAUAUAAACGAAAGUGAUGAAGUUGAGGUUUAUUCCAGAGCAAAUGAAAAAGAGCCUUGCUGUUGGUGGUUAGCUAAAGUGAGGAUGAUAAAGGGUGAGUUUUAUGUGAUAGAAUAUGCAGCAUGUGAUGCUACAUACAAUGAAAUUGUCACAAUUGAGCGUCUACGAUCUGUUAAUCCCAACAAACCUGCUACAAAAGAUACUUUCCAUAAGAUCAAGCUGGAAGUGCCAGAAGAUUUACGACAAAUGUGUGCCAAAGAAUCGGCACAUAAGGAUUUUAAAAAGGCAGUUGGUGCCUUCUCUGUAACUUAUGAUCCAGAAAAUUAUCAGCUGGUAAUUUUGUCCAUCAAUGAAGUCACCUCAAAGCGAGCCCACAUGUUAAUUGACAUGCACUUUCGAAGUCUGCGCACCAAGUUGUCUCUUAUACUGAGAAAUGAAGAAGCCAGUAAACAACUGGAGAGUUCAAGGCAGCUUGCCUCAAGAUUUCAUGAACAGUUUAUCGUACGAGAAGAUCUGAUGGGUCUAGCUAUUGGUACUCAUGGUGCUAAUAUUCAGCAAGCUAGAAAAGUACCUGGGGUCACUGCUAUUGAUUUAGAUGAGGAUACCUGCACAUUUCAUAUUUAUGGAGAGGAUCAAGAUGCAGUCAAAAAGGCUAGAAGCUUUCUGGAAUUUGCUGAAGAUGUCAUACAAGUUCCACGAAAUUUAGUAGGCAAAGUAAUAGGAAAAAAUGGAAAACUGAUUCAAGAGAUUGUGGACAAGUCAGGAGUUGUGAGGGUGAGGAUCGAAGCUGAAAAUGAGAAAAGUGUCCCACAAGAAGAGGAAAAUUUGCCACCAAGUUCCCUACCUUCCAAUAAUUCAAGGGUUGGAUCUAAUUCCUCUGAAGAAAAGAAACAUUUAGAUACAAAGGAAAACACCCAUUUUUCUCAACCUAACAGUACAAAAGUCCAGAGGGUGUUAGUGGUUUCAUCAAUUGUAGCAGGGGGACCCCAGAAACCUGAACCCAAGGCUUGGCAGGGGAUGGUACCAUUUGUUUUUGUGGGAACAAAAGACAGCAUCGCUAAUGCCACUGUUCUUUUGGAUUAUCACCUGAACUACUUAAAGGAAGUAGACCAGUUGCGUUUGGAGAGAUUACAAAUUGAUGAGCAGUUGCGACAAAUUGGAGCUAGUUCUAGACCACCACCAAAUCGUACAGAUAAGGAAAAAGGCUAUGUGACUGAUGAUGGUCAAGGAAUGGGUCGAGGUAGUAGACCUUACAGAAAUAGGGGGCACGGCAGACGCGGUCCUGGAUAUACUUCAGGAACUAAUUCUGAAGCAUCAAAUGCUUCUGAAACAGAAUCUGACCACAGAGACGAACUCAGUGAUUGGUCAUUAGCUCCAACAGAGGAAGAGAGGGAGAGCUUCCUGCGCAGAGGAGACGGACGGCGGCGUGGAGGAGGCGGAAGAGGACAAGGAGGAAGAGGAAGAGGAGGAGGUUUCAAAGGAAAUGACGAUCAUUCCCGAACAGAUAAUCGUCCACGUAAUCCAAGAGAGACUAAAGGAAGAACAACUGAUGGAUCCCUGCAGAGCACCUCCAGUGAAGGGAGCCGGCUGCGCACCGGGAAAGAUCGGAACCAGAAGAAGGAAAAGCCAGACAGCGUGGAUGGGCUGCAACCACUCGUGAAUGGAGUACCCUAAACUACAUAAUUCUGAAGUUAUAUUUCCUCUACUGUUUCCGUAAUUCUUACUCCAUUUUAGAAAACUUUAUUAGGCCAAAGACAAAUAGUAGGCAAGAUGGCACAGGGCAUGAGGUGAACACAAAUUCUGCAAAGAAUUUUUUGGAUAUUGGCCAUAAUCAACAAUCUUCCAAGUUUGCACAAAAAGAUCUUGAAAUUUGAAGCAUAACUUUUAAGUACACUUAACACUUCAGGGCAGGAUUUUACUUUAUUUUUUAAAAAUACUAAGCAGUGAUCUUUAUUAACUAGGACCAUUUUCCUGCAUUGGGCUAUAUAACUCAGCAGUACGUUUCAGUCUUUCUGGGUAAAUCACAUUUGUGGUAAUCAUACUAGAUCUCUGUCUUCAGUCCCAUUUAAAGUCUCCAUGAAGUGCUGUGCCAUUUCAUGUCCUGUGUCAGUUUAUGUUUUGGUCCGCUUUUCCAGUAUUUUAGUGGACCCUGAAAUGUGUGUGAUGUGACAUUUGUUAUUUUUGUUAGCAAAAAAGUUGUAUGAUCUGUGCCUUUUUUAUAUCUUGGCAGGUAGGAAUAUUAUAUUUGGAUGCAGAGUUCAGGGAAGAUAAGUUGGAAACACUAAAUGUUAAAGAUGUAGCAAACCCUGUCAAACAUUAGUACUUUAUAGAAGAAUGCAUGCUUUCCAUAUUUUUUUCCUUACAUAAACAUCAGCUUAGGCAGUAUAAAGAAUAGGACUUGUUUUUCGUUUUUGUUUUGUUGCACUGAAGUAUGACAAAUAGUGUUAUUGGAAGGGAUGUGUAAUUUUUCUGUAUAGACAGGAAAAGAAAUAACUAUCUUUUCGUUUGGGAGAGGCUAAAGAUGUUUUCAGCUACUUGCAAAUCUUCCUGGUCGAAAGUUAGUAGGAUAUGCCUGCUCUUUGGCCUGAUGACGAAUUUCAACUUAGAACCUUUUUCUUUUGUCCUCCCCAAGUUUUGUCAAGUUUUUCAUUCAUAUUUUACAUUAAAGCUUAUUUUGGGGAGAUAUGAAGGUCAUCUUCAUAAAUACAUAAUAACCCUCAAAAGUAUAUAGGUACUUUGUUUGAGAAACAUUGAAAGCAGGUUAAAUGUUUUGUAGCUUUGAAAUACGAAGUCUAAUGUAUAAGCAGAACUGAAAAACAGGCCUACAAUUAGUUAAAAAUAAUUCAUUUUUUUCCUUUUGAUGUGUCAAGUCUUAUUUUUUGUUUUUUUUCUCUUUUUAAUGAAUGAAAUUUACUGAAGAAAAAUAUGUGAAGGACCUUCACUCUGAGAUGUUAUAUUUUUCUUAAAAAAUAACUCCGAGUAGGGGUACCACUGAAACUGUACAGAGCCGUACAAACCGAAGUUCUGCCUCUGAUGUACUUUGUGAAUUUGUUUCUUUGAAUUUUUCAUUUUUCAUUUAGUUUUCCUUGCAUACAAAUAAGCAUAUAAAAUGGCAACAAACUGCACAUGAUUUCACAAAUAUUAAAAUGUCUUUUAAAAAGUAUUGCCAAACAUUUAAUGUUGAUUUCUAGUUAUUUAUUCUGGGAAUGUAUAGUAUUUGAAAACAGAAAUUGGUACCUUGCACACAUCAUCUGUAAGCUGUUCAGUUUAAAAUACUGUAGAUAAUUAACCAAGGUAGAAUGACCUUGUAAUGUAACUGCUCUUGGGCAAUAUUCUCUGUACAUAUUAGCGACAACAGAUUGGAUUUUAUGUUGACAUUUGUUUGGUUAUAGUGCAAUAUAUUUUGUAUGCAAGCAGUUUCAAUAAAGUUUGAUCUUCCUCUGCUAAAUUGAUGUUGAUGCAAUCUUUACAAUGAUUGCUUUUAAAAAUUUUAAGAUAGGAAAGAAAUCUAUAGAAAGUGUUCUGUUACAAAAUGUAACUGUUACCAUUGGAAAUUUCACAUGUCAUAGGAGAUUAGCCGUUAUUUACCAACUUUCAAGAUCGUAAUCUUGUUUAAUAAGGUGAAAUAUCAACAAUUGGUACACAGUCACAAUGUACCGGUUAAAAUAUGCACUAAGUCUCUUUUUUACAAAGGCUGAAUUCAGCAAGGCGCUAACUUGCUUAAAUGUGAAUUACUAACUUCUAAAACUGUAAUUUGAUUCACAUGUUUUCAAAUGGAGUUGGAGUUGAUUCAUAUUACAAUAUUUGUGUGCAAAAUGUGUAUGUUUUUCAGUUCAAAGUCAUGUUUUUAAAAUCUUAUUAAAGUUUCAAAAAUCUGGAGAUUGUUUAUCUUAUCUAGAUGUAAAUUUUUAUUAAAAAGUUGCACUUAUGAAAAAGCAAAA